AGAACAAAAAACCCCCUCAACUUCAAAGAGUCACAAAUCACCCUUAAUCAAAAAGGGUGCAGAAAUUUUUUUGGGCCCUCCCCGCCAUGAGCUCCUACGUAGCCAAUUCAUUCUAUAAGCAGAGCCCCAAUAUCCCUGCCUAUAACAUGCAAACUUGUGGGAACUAUGGAUCGGCCUCAGAGGUGCAGGCAUCCAGGUACUGCUACGGCGGAUUGGACUUAAGCAUCACUUUCCCACCGCCUGCGCCUUCCAACUCUCUCCACGGGGUAGACAUGGCGGCCAACCCCCGGGCUCACCCCGACCGCCCCGCCUGCAGCGCCGCAGCCGCUCCGGGACACGCUCUGGGCAGAGAUGAAGCGGCUCCUCUGAACCCCGGGAUGUACAGUCAGAAGGCAGCUCGCCCGGCGCUGGAGGAGCGUGCUAAGAGCAGUGGGAAGAUCAAAGAGGAGCAGGCGCAGACAGGGCAGCCCGCCGGACUGAGCCAGCCACCGGCCCCGCCACAGAUUUACCCGUGGAUGACCAAACUGCACAUGAGCCACGAGACGGACGGCAAGAGGUCCCGAACCAGUUACACGCGCUACCAGACUCUGGAACUCGAGAAAGAAUUCCACUUUAACCGCUACCUCACUCGCCGCAGGCGCAUCGAGAUCGCCAACAACUUGUGUCUCAAUGAGAGACAGAUCAAGAUCUGGUUCCAGAACCGCAGGAUGAAGUGGAAGAAAGAUUCUAAAAUGAAAAGCAAAGAGGCUCUUUAGAGGCAGCGGGGAGGCCCGCAGCAGAGAACACCCCGAGCGAGCCGGCUUAGGUCCCUGCGCCUUUCCUUUUCGGUUUUCCUUUCUCUAUAUUUUGGGGCGGGAGCGGGGGCUCAUAGACAAAACGUUUUCCCUUGACAUCCGCAUCCCCACUGACCCAGGGUUCCCGCGGGGCUGGUUGUGCUGCCCGGUUUCCCCUCAACUCAGCUCAGCUCGGCACCCGGGGCCCAGGGCAAGCUCAGCAGGGCUUCCCCAAAGGGCUGCGGUGCUGAAGGAAACGUCUGGGCCGCCUCUCGGGCUUCCAGCUCCAGCGCUGCCCUCCCGAGCUCAGGUGGGCCCUGCGCAAACCGCAGUCCCAUUGCCCCGACCCUCCGGCCUCGCCCUCUCCUUUGUUCCGGGUUAUGCGAGCCAGGCCGCUGAAGAAUGGUGAACGAAUGGUUGUGCUUGGCGGAGUCUGUCGCCAGACUCGGGGUUCUUAUUUCUAGCAGCUAAACUCGAUCUUCCUUUACGAAUGAUUUGCAUAUGAAAAGGAGCGACGACUUAAGGUCCUCCUAGGGCCCCCUCUGUUGCCCUAUGCUCUACAAACUUCUUCCCCCCCAAAAAAACCCUGGAACUUCCUCAGCCUUUGCCCGCUGCAUGCCCUCUCAGGCUCAACUCUUGGGGUUUCUGGCCACUGGAUCCCAGCAAGAGGUCCUAGAGGCCCCUUGCUACCCUGUAGUCUCUACCACGACUUUCUGUCCCCUCCUGCCCCAUCGCUGUUGUCCAACUAUUUAUUGACUCCAGGUCCUUCCUGAAACUAUAUUUUGUCAUAUCAAAUAAAAACAAAGAGAGAA